UGCGUGAGUAAGGGGAUCGGACAGAACGUAGAAAAUAGCGGGCUUUGAUUUUAAUAAGAAAGGUAGCUUUUCAAUAACUUUAAAAAAAGACGUAAUUGCAGCCGUUUAAUAUUCUGUGCCCCUUUGCUAUCUAGAAAUUAUAUCGUUUUUACCUUGUGCACCCAAGUUGAAGUUUUUUUUUUAACAGUAGGCUUAUUUGCCUAGAAUAGUCACUAUGCCUGACACUACUGCUGUUCAAGAUCUGUCAGAACGUUUGGAAACUGUGGAGCGACAGGGAGCCUCCGAACCAGCAGCAAAGCAGCCUCUCGUGCACGAAUAUACGUACUCAACACCUUUGAAUGGGAUUCGAACCGACGAACGGGGUUACCUCGAUCAAAUCCGUUUUAUUCUCCAGCAUGGCCAUAAAAAACAAGAUCGCACCGGCACUGGCACAAUCUCCGUGUUUGGUUUACAGGCACGGUACAGUCUUCGAGAUCAGUUCCCGUUGUUGACAACUAAGAAGGUAUUCUGGAAGGGUAUCCUGGAAGAGCUGUUGUGGUUUAUCAAGGGUUCCACAAAUGCCAAGGAGCUUUCAGAGAAAGGUGUGAAGAUUUGGGAUGCAAAUGGCUCUCGUCAGUUCUUGGAUAACCUGGGCCUUACAGACAGGGCAGAAGGAGACUUGGGACCAGUUUAUGGGUUUCAGUGGAGGCAUUUUGGUGCAGAGUACAAAGACAUGCACACAGAUUACACAGGCCAGGGUGUUGACCAGCUCCAAAAUGUGAUUGAUUCUAUUAAGAAAAAUCCGGAUGAUAGAAGGAUUAUCUUGUGUGCCUGGAAUCCUAAAGAUCUUCCUUUAAUGGCACUUCCUCCAUGCCAUGCGCUAUGUCAGUUCUAUGUGUUGAACGGAGAGCUGUCCUGUCAGCUGUAUCAGCGGUCUGGGGACAUGGGGCUGGGUGUUCCCUUCAACAUUGCGAGUUAUUCACUGCUGACUUGUAUGAUCGCACACAUCACUGGACUGAAGCCUGGUGAUUUUGUGCACACAUUGGGAGAUGCCCACAUUUAUUUAAAUCAUGUUGAACCUUUGAGGAUUCAGCUUCAGCGUGAGCCAAGACCUUUACCAAGACUUAAAAUUAAACGCAAGGUUGAAAACAUUAAUGAUUUUAAAGCUGAAGACUUUGAGAUUGAAAACUACAAUCCUCAUCCAGUCAUUAAAAUGGAAAUGGCUGUUUAGUAUGUUUUUGAUGCAGAGUUUCUUUUUGCUGUAUGACUACCCCAAACCAUUCCAUAAUUGUAUUUAAAACAUGGUCUUUGUAGGUGUUCUGUAAACAUCAGAAAGCUAUAUUAUGUCUGGGCCAACAGAAAACUCCAGUCUGUCAUGUACUUGAGUUUGAAGGCAGUACAUAGCAUUGUAAUUCACAAAAGUAAAUUAUUGUACUGGGUAAGAACUUUUUUUUCUUUCUGUCCUAGCGCCUACUUUUUCCUGGAAUUAAUGUUCUGAAUCUUUUAUUGGAAGACUAGCUUUCAGAUAAAAGUAACUGCACUUUGUCAUGCCAGUAGGUAAAGCACCACCUGCUAAUUGUUCUUUUUAUACUUGCCAUUUCAAGAUAUAUUCUUGUACUUCACUAGGAUAUUGUAUUUAUUUGCAUGUUGUUUUGAUGCCUGUCCUUUACUUUGUAGUACAAACCUGUUAAGUUUUCCAAGGUCUUGUAUCAUCGGGGUUCAUUUUAAAGUUGGUGACAGCCACAGAUGUUUAUUAAAAUGUUGUUCUUCAUAA